GUCAAGUAUGCACACGAGCCGUUUAUUAUUUAGCUUUUAGCAGUUUUAUACAAUAAAAACUGAAAUGAAGACAGUGGUGGUUGGAGUUGGCGGGAUGACCAAUGGAGGGAAAUCUACUCUUUCUACAAGUCUUCACCAGCAGAUAUCCAACAGCUGUCUGAUUGCACAGGAUUCGUAUUUUAAGGAUGACUCUGUGGUACCAGUGGACAGCAAAGGGUUUAAGCAAUAUGACAUGCUCGGUGCUCUCCACAUGGACAAGAUGAUGAGCGACAUCAACUCGUGGCAAAGAGAUCCUGAGUCGUUUCUGCGGCAGCGAGGUCCAGAGCACGCGACACCGUCAGUGGGUGAGGAGGAGGUGUAUGUGCUCAUAGUGGAGGGCUUCCUCAUUUUUAACCACAGGCCUCUGAAUGAGCUAUUUUGCAAAAGAUACUUCAUGGAAAUACCUUAUGAUGUCUGCAAGACAAGGCGAAGUUCGAGAGUGUACACACCUCCUGAUCCUCCUGGAUACUUUGACGGACACGUGUGGCCGAUGUACCUGAAAAACCGGCAGGAGAUGGAGAGCAUGGUGUCAGGAAUUGUAUAUCUGGAUGGACUGAAGCCAAAGGAAGAGCUGCUGGCUGCCGUGUGUGAAGAUGUUUGUCAGGAAAUAGAGAGACUCAGGGAGAAUGACUGAUAUGGUCAGUUGUAUUUGUUUGCCUUUUGAAGAUGGAGACUACUGCUCUCAUUAUUGUCAGGAAAGUAAUCUUUUUUGACUGUGUGACUGUAAUGUAAUACUUAAAAUAGUUUAUAAAGCUAACAAGAGUUUUAAAAAAAAACUGUGUGAACUUACUGAUGCUGUAGCUUCUGAAAUUGUUCAGCUGGAUACUGAAUAGACGACAAGAAUCACAGUGAACUUGAGUUCAUACAAAUGGACAGUAUUUUUAAAAAUAGAUGCACUAUGAGGGACCUAAACAUAUGAAUUUUUGUGGCUUUAUGAGGUUGAUGCUGAAUUUAACUGACAUCAAGUAUGAUGUGAUAUUAAACAAUGUUUAACCUCUGGCUGUGUAGGUUUUCUUGUAACACAUGCAGGAUAUUGAUUUUAUCUAACCACACAUACACAUACAUAUACAUGUAACCUGGACUUGUGAUGUAACGCAUGAUAACCAAACACAAAACGGUCAGUUUAAAAGACUUUCUAACUCAUAUUUGAACACUACAAAUAUUAAACAUUGACCAUUGCA